GAAAAGAUCCUUCUAAGACCCAUGUCAAAGAGUGUACUGCCUCUGUUUUCUUCUAGGAGUAUUAUGGUUUCAAGAAAAAAUGACACCAUUUUUAUCCCUGCCUAUCCCUUGCUUCUUUAGGCCCUCAUCCCUCUCUUCUAAAAGAAAGUCAUGAAUAGCCUACUACCAACCAGUUACACUUUAGUAUAAAUCAGCUUAAGGACUAAGGUUGGUUGUAGCCGAGGUCAUUGGAGGCCCAUUCCCAGGAGCUGCGAGGAGUUGCUGUGUGAUCCGUCUCUGCCUGUGAUUGGAGUGUGUCUGUAUUCUCUCUGCCCAUGUCCACGCCCCGAUCUGGGUGUGCCUCCCAGUCAGGAGCCUGCCCCUUUCACUUCCCACUGCUGAAGGGUAGAGGUCCUGCCUUCUUGGUGGAGAGUCUUGACUCUGGCGGGAGGGGUGGGGUAUGGGCGCAAGAAGAUUUGGGCUGAGCGUUGCUAAUUUUUGAAGCCCUCCCAGGGCUAAGGAUCUCUGUUGUUUAAAGAGCUAGGAAAGGGAAUACUGUUCAUCAUGCUGGAACUUUUCAUUCUUUGUAUCGUUAGAUCCCCACAUUAGCCCACUGAAGAAGCAGGUGGGGUUAUUCCCAUUUUACAGAUGAGGAAACUGAGACUCAGAAAGCUUAAAACUUGCCCCCAUCACAUAGCUAGUGAGUGACCAAACUAUGGCUCUGGCCUCAGUGUGCGUGAGUGAGGUCUGUGUGGGGUGCUAAGCACUAAGGGGAGCAGGAGAACCUCAUGGCCAUCCUCUGUAGGCUUGGUGUACGCCGCAUCCCUGCUGAGCUUGCUAUUCCCCACCUUACAUUGUAAUUAUUUGUGACCAUGUCAUCCCACCUCAUUAUCAAAUGGCAUUUAAACACUCAUAAACUUGGCAGAUUUAUUUUCUGGUUCUUACAAAUCCUUCUUGUUCUUUCUUCCCAAAGUAUUUUAAAGCAAAUCUCUGCUACCAUGUUCUUUUGACCCUAUGUAAUCCAGUAUAUAUUUAUUUUAAAAAGAACGUUCUCUUUCAUAACCAUAUUGCCAUUUUCGCGUGUGCCAGAAUUACCAGGAAUUCUUUGGUCUCAUCUGUCCAAAUUCAGAAAUGACCUUCAUAGCUGGUUUGUUCAAGUCAGGAUCCAAACAAAGUCUGUAGGCUGCUUUGGUGGUUACCCUCUGCCGUUUUAACCAGCCAUUACCCUGUUUGACGUGCCUGUCUCCCCAGUGGACAGCGAACCCUUGGAGCCUGGAGUCGGCUUCUGUGCCACGCUGGAUCCCAGCGCUGUGUCUGGGCCGGGGCGGAGGCUGGCCGAGCAUCUGUCCAGUUGUGUCAUAGCCACUCAGGAAAUGCAUUUUGAAUGAAUGAACCCUGUGGUGGGCUUGUGUAACUGCCCGUGCCUGUGUUUAGAUAAGAGGCUUAAAAAAAAAGAUGACUUACUCGCGUGUGGACGUUUCCUCAGCAAGCGUCAGUCCGUAAACAUCCUGAAAUAAUAGGAGAACUAUUUGCUGUGCUCGCCGCGCCGCUCUGGUUUGUGGUGGGAGCCCAGACAGCUGCCUUUGUGCCCUGAUCAGCAACUGGCCUCCCCGGAUCACAUGUGGGACUGACAGGGACUGAGGUCAUUUCUGCCGAGCUUUGAAUCCCAACUUGCUCAGCCACACGGAUUACCACAUUAUGACCCAGACGCUCGGUGCUAGGGCUGCUCGGCGGACGCUGCCCACCUCUCUCUUGGUCCUUCUCUCUGUGGGCAGAACUUCUUCCCUGGUGCCUUCAGGAGCCUUCUCUAACCUGCCUCACACCUAGGGAGGCUGAGAUAUCAGAGGAGGACGGAGUGACACCGUGCGUUAAGGCAGGCAGGGCGAAGCUGCAGCCUCCCACCGCCGUCUCGCCCUCGUGGGAAAGUGCCUGAUAGCCAAGCGCCCCGCCAGCCUCACUCUGGGGGCCCCGACCCCUCCUUCCAGCACAGUCUGUUUUCCUCCCUGUAUCCUCCCCAGAGCUAGACAACAUGGCUGGUCUGCGCUGAUAAGGCUCCUCCUUUCUGAAGCACUGAUCUUCUGGUCUCAGAAACUCAGAGCUGGCUGGAGGGAUCGGGGACAUGGGCCCUCUCGUCCCAGACAAACCUUCAGUGCAGGAUUGGGUCCCAUGGAGUCUGAUUUUUGAGAUGCCUCCCUUCUCUGUCAGCUGUUGAAGAGAUAUCUAUCCCUGUGUUCCCCAUGGAGAGCCUUUUGUGAAUACCAGGAACAUGGCAACCUGUGCAUGGCUCGUCCUGGAAGGAGAUGACAUUAGUCAUUGCAAUGCCUGAGAAUCAAGUGUGACGCUUCUCCGGGAACUUCAUGGUGUUCUCCUCCACGCUCUCCACACCACCGCUCCACGCGGCUGCUGGACCAUGGGGGAAAACGAAGACGAGAAGCAGACUCAGGCCGGGCAGAUUUUCGAGAACUUUGUCCAGGCUUCCACGUGCAAAGGCACCCUCCAGGCCUUUAACAUCCUCACACGGCACCUGGACCUAGACCCACUGGACCACAGAAACUUUUAUUCCAAGCUCAAAUCCAAGGUGACCAGCUGGAAGGCCAAGGCCCUGUGGUACAAAUUGGACAAGCGUGGAUCCCACAAGGAGUAUAAGCGAGGGAAGUCGUGCAUGAACACCAAGUGUCUCAUCAUUGGGGGAGGACCGUGUGGUUUGCGCACUGCCAUUGAACUUGCCUAUCUGGGGGCCAAGGUGGUCGUGGUGGAGAAGAGGGACACCUUCUCCCGGAACAAUGUGCUGCACCUCUGGCCUUUCACCAUCCAUGACCUGCGGAGCCUGGGAGCCAAGAAGUUCUACGGGAAGUUCUGUGCUGGCUCCAUCGACCACAUCAGUAUCCGUCAGUUGCAGCUCAUCCUAUUCAAGGUGGCCCUGAUCUUGGGAGUUGAAAUCCAUGUGAAUGUGGAGUUUGUGAAGGUUCUAGAGCCUCCUGAAGAUCAAGAAACUCAAAAAAUUGGCUGGCGGGCAGAAUUUCUCCCCACAGACCACUCUCUGUCGGAGUUUGAGUUUGAUGUCAUCAUCGGCGCCGAUGGCCGCAGGAACACGCUGGAAGGGUUCAGAAGAAAAGAAUUCCGUGGGAAGCUGGCUAUUGCCAUCACCGCCAACUUCAUAAACAGAAACAGCACAGCUGAGGCCAAGGUGGAAGAGAUUAGUGGCGUGGCUUUCAUCUUCAAUCAGAAAUUCUUUCAGGACCUUAAAGAAGAAACAGGGAUUGACCUCGAGAACAUCGUUUACUACAAGGACUCCACCCACUAUUUCGUCAUGACUGCCAAGAAGCAGAGCCUGCUCGACAAAGGUGUCAUCAUUAAUGACUACAUUGACACAGAGAUGCUGCUGCGUGCCGAGAACGUAAACCAGGACAACCUGCUCUCCUACGCUCGCGAAGCUGCAGACUUCGCCACCAAUUACCAGCUGCCAUCUUUAGACUUCGCCAUGAACCAUUACGGGCAGCCCGACGUGGCCAUGUUCGACUUCACCUCCAUGUACGCCUCAGAGAAUGCGGCCCUGGUGCGCGAGCGUCAGUCACACCAGCUGCUCGUGGCCCUGGUGGGCGACAGCUUGCUUGAGCCGUUUUGGCCCAUGGGCACAGGCUGUGCCCGGGGCUUCCUGGCAGCCUUUGACACAGCGUGGAUGGUGAAGAGCUGGGACCAGGGCACUCCUCCCCUGGAGCUGCUGGCUGAAAGGGAAAGUCUUUACCGCCUGUUACCUCAGACGACCCCAGAGAACAUCAACAAGAACUUUGAGCAGUACACGCUGGACCCGGGGACGCGGUAUCCAAACCUCAACUCGAACUGUGUCAGGCCCCAUCAGGUGAAGCAUUUGUACAUCACUAAGGAGCUGCACCAAUACCCUCUCGAGAGGCUGGGCUCGCUGAGGAGAUCCGUCAACCUCUCCAGGCGGGAGUCAGACAUCCGGCCCAGCAAGCUCUUAACCUGGUGCCAGCAGCAGACCGAGGGCUACCAGCAUGUCAACGUCACUGACCUGACCACAUCCUGGAGGAGUGGCCUGGCCCUGUGUGCCAUCAUCCACCGCUUCCGGCCUGAGCUGAUCAACUUUGACUCUUUGAACGAAGAUGACGCCGUGGAGAACAACCAGCUGGCGUUUGACGUGGCUGAGCGUGAGUUUGGCAUCCCCCCGGUGACCACGGGCAAAGAGAUGGCGUCAGCCCAGGAGCCUGAUAAGCUCAGCAUGGUCAUGUACCUCUCCAAGUUCUACGAGCUCUUCCGGGGCACCCCGCUGAGGCCUGUGGAGUCUUGGGGCAAAAACUAUGGAGAAAAUGCUGACCUCAGCUUGGCCAAAUCCUCCCUUUCUCAUAACUAUCUCAACCUCACGUUUCCAAGGAAGAGGACUCCACGAGUGGACCGCCAAACCGAAGAGAACGACAUGAACAAACGGAGGCGGAAAGGCCUCAACAACCUGGACGAGCCGUCUGCCUUUCCCAGCCGGAGCCUGGGCUCCAAUCAAGAGGGCGGCAGCAGCAAAGAAGGUGGAAAUGAGAACAAGGUGAAGUCCUUGGCGACUCAGCUGCUGGCCAAGUUUGAGGAGAACUCUCGGAACCCCUCGCUCCUGAAGCCGCAACACCGAGGCUCAGGGAUAGGUAAGGUCCUGCACUCUUCCUCUGACCCGCCUGUUAACUGUCGCCGCCCCACGCCGGAGGAGCCCACACCCAGCCCAUCGCCUCCUCUGAAAAGGCAGUUCCCCCCGGUGGUUGUGACGGGGCAUGUGCUCCGAGAGCUAAAGCAAGUGUCUGCUGGUGGCGAGGGCCUAAGCAGGCCCUGGAGAGCCAGAGCCAAGUCUGACCUGCAGCUGGGGGGACUGGAACCGCCUAUCGCCCUGCCUCCCACCUGCCAGGGAGCACAAGCCCUGUCCGGGGUGCUGCGGCGGCUACAGCAGGUGGAGGACAAGAUUCUCCAGAAGAGGGCUCAGAACUUGGCCAACAGGGAAUUUCGCAAAAAGAACAUUAAGGAGAAGGCGGCGCAUCUCGCCUCCAUGUUUGGACACGGGGAUUUCCCACAGAAUAAACUCCUCUCUAAAGGCCUGUCUCGUCCUCCUCCUCCUCCAUCUCCUCCCUCCUGCCUUCCGUCUCCUGAUCCAGCUGCUACUUCCUCUCCAUCGACUGUUGACUCUGUUUCUCCUGCCAGAAAGUUGACGGUAGGGAGAGUGUCCAGCGGAAUAGGGGCUGCAGCUGAAGUCCUGGUCAAUCUGUACAUGAAUGAUCACAGACCUAAGACCCAGGCCACCUCUCCAGACCUGGAAUCUAUUCGAAAGGUGUUUCCCCUGAACCUGGGUGGCAGCGACACCUGUUACUUCUGCAAGAAGCGUGUGUACGUGAUGGAGCGGCUGAGCGCAGAGGGCCACUUCUUCCACCGGGAGUGUUUCCGCUGCAGUGUCUGCGCCACCACCUUGCGCCUGGCCGCCUAUGCCUUUGACGUUGAUGAAGGCAAGUUUUUCUGCAAGCCUCAUUUCAUUCACUGUAAAACCAAUAACCAGCAACGGAAGAGACGGGCAGACUUGAAGCAACAAAGAGAGGAGGAGGGGAUAUGGAAAGAGCCAGAAGCCCCUCGGCGAGACACUCCCAUGGAAAGUUCUUGCGCAGCCGCGGCCAUCGGCACGCCCGCAGGCAGCCCCCCAGCAGAUGAGCCAACCUCGCCCAAGAAGCCCAAGAGCAUCCUGGAGCCAGAGCCCGGCCAUGUGGAAGGUGGACCCACCUCUCCCCUGCCAUCUGAGUGGACCUCAGUGAGGAUCAGCCCCGGCGAGAACGUGGUUGGGCAGGACAUGAUGGCCGUGUGUGUCCUGGUCAACAGUGACGAGAGCAGCUCCGAUGCAGAGUCGGACUGUGGAGGCAGUGAGGCCUCCAGAGCAGAGCCCUGUGAGGAGAGACGCUGGCAGCUGGAACCCCGACCCCUACCGAAGCCCCUCACCCAGCACAGCUCCCUGAAGGAGGCCCUGACCAGGGCAGUCUCUCCACACCACCCUGAGGAGCCUGGAGCCGUGCACACUCUACAAAGGGCCAGUAGCUUCCAGUCCUCAACUCCCAGCAAAUCCCAGAGCUGGAGAAGAAAAUUCCAGUCGAGUUUGACUCCAGUGAACAACAAAAGAACUACGUCGCCUCCAAAGGAAUCUCCUCCUUCUCUGUUUUCUUCCUCGUUGUCUUCUCCUUCGUCUUCCCUGCCAUCUUCUUCAGCCGUCAUCCCAGGGAAUGCUCAAGACUGUUCCCCCCCAUCUCAGGGGACACCUCACAACUGGCUCCCACAGGUCUCGAGAGGUCAUUUCAGUCCUUCCACCCCAAUCUUUCUGAGGCGAGCCAGAGCCCAAGGAGCGCUCACAGAAAUUCCCCUCUAUCUGCCUCGUGGCCAAGUGCUGGAGCGGGCAGAAUACUGCUUGGUGAGCCCUAGUGGAAACGGCCCCCUGAGUACCCCGCCACCCAGCCCUACAGAGAUGGCUUCUGAUGGAUAUCAGGAAGCAGAGGCCCCUCUUGAGGACUCCAGAAGCAUCCACAGAGGCUUACACCCCAUUGGACGGAAAGACUGGUACUUUCCAGACCAAGAGCUGCCUCCCCCAGCUGGAGAGGACGCAGGAGAAGGGCAUACCAGACCCAGGAGGGGAGAUGAUGGUGGGUCGGAGCCUGCAGAGGGGAAGAAAUUGGGCUUAAAGAAGUUGGUGCUCACUCAGGAGCAGAAGACCAGCUUGCUGGAUUGGAAUGUCUCCAUCCCUCAGAGCUUGCGCCUGGAAGAGGGGGCACGACCUCCCCAGAAAAGUGCUGAGAAUGGUAGAGGAAGCUGUGUGCCGAAACCAGUCUGCCCCUUGCUGCCCCCUCGGGCAGGGAGAGAGACCCUGCCAGCCCAGAGAGAGACUCAGAAGACGGGAACCCCAGCUGAACGGACUCCAAGGGAGCGAAGUGUGUCCCCACCCAAGUCCCCACUGCGGCUCAUAGCAAAUGCCAUCCGAAGGUCCCUGGGGCCCCUCCUCCCCAACUCUGAAGGUGGGAAGAAGGCGUGGGCCAAGCCAGAAUCAAAGACUUUGCCUACCAGCCAGCCGUACACCUCCACUCGCUCGUUCAGCCUUCGGAAAACCAGCUCCAGUAAAGACGGGGACCAGCAGUCCCCCAGGAGAGACAUGGCGAGCAGGGCCUCAGCCUUCUUCUCCAUGGGCAGCCCGACUGCCAGGGCUGCCCAGCCCUUGGACUCUAGCCCUCCUGACCCUGCCCUCUGCACCCAUCCUUUGCCCAACCGGGCAUCCACGAUGUUUCCUGCACUCGUGUCCCCACCCUGCAGCAAGAUUGAAGACGUCCCCACACUCCUUGAGAAAGUGAGUUUGCAAGAGACCUUCCCAGAUCCUUCUAGGGUUCCAAAGAGAAAAACCUCACUCUUUUCCUCCCUCAGACUCAAAGACAAAUCUUUUGAGAGUUUCCUCCAGGAAUCCAGACAAAGAAAGGACCUUGGGAAUGUCUUUAUCAGCCCCCAGAGCAAGGUGCUGCCCGUGGACAGUGCCCAGCCCCUGGAGAAGCUGGUGCAGCCUUACAGUAGCGCCGGGCUGGGCCAGAGGGGCCAUCCUCCUCCUCCAGGUGGAGACGCAAGUCCCAAGCACACCCCGGUGAGAGCGCAGGUGACAGGGGCUGCCUCUUCCCCCUCCUCCAGUACCUCCUCCUCUGCAGAUGAAGAAUUUGAUCCCCAGCCUUCCUUGUGGUCAAAGGAGAGGAAGACACUUAGAAGAAGGAGGAAGCUGGAAAAAGCAACAAAACAAUUGGCUAAGCAAGAAGAAUUGAGAAGGCUUCAUAAAGCUCAGGCCAUCCAGAGGCAGCUGGAGGAGGUGGAGGAGCGGCAGAGGGCUUCCGAGAUCCAGGGCGUGAGGCUGGAGAAGGCGCUGAGAGGAGAAGCAGCAGAUUCAGGCACACAGGAUGAAGCGCAGCUUUUGCAGGAGUGGUUUAAGCUGGUUCUGGAGAAGAAUAAAUUAAUGCGAUAUGAGUCGGAGCUCCUGAUCAGGGCCCAAGAACUGGAAUUAGAAGACCAUCAGAGCAGACUGGAGCAGAAAUUAAGAGAGAAGAUGCUCAAGGAGGAGAGCCAGAAAGAUGAGAAGGAUCUCAGUGAGGAGCAAGAAAUAUUCACCGAGAUGAUGCAAGUGAUUGAGCAAAGGAACAAACUCGUGGAUUCCUUAGAGGAACAACGCAUCAAAGAAAGGGCUGAAGACCAGCACUUUGAAAGCUUCGUAUUCUCCAGGGGCUAUCAGCUGAGCAGGACGUGAGAAGACCUGAGGCUCCUCCCUCGAAGCAAGCAGAGGACCCAGCAGGCCAGCGCACCUCACACACUCGAGUUCCUCUUGCAGGAUUUGUCACACUGGGAACUUAAGUUAUACCAUACUGCAAUUUUUUUUUUAAUUAAAAUUCUCUUAUAUGUACUACAGCUGCCCAAGAUCCUUCCAGAGAUCAAAGACUCUUGAAAUUGGCAGUCAACUUCAGCAGGUUUCUUGGACUUGAGAUGACCUUGGCAGAUGACCAACAUUGUUUUCCCUAGAAAGUAACACAAAGAUGGACUUUCCUGCUGCUUUUAUCGUUUAUCCUCCCAAUUCAUUAAGUUACACAUUGUAAGAUUUUAAGAAGCCGCCUUUUCAUUAGUAUAUCCGUAUUUGCCUUUUUUGCAUGGAUCAUCGGUUUCCAAAUGUCACAAAGAAGCAGCAGCAGUUUAAAGAUUAGGUUAAUAUUUAAAUUGUGUUUCCAGAGAAAGCGGAGAAACCUUGAGAUUACUGAUUACAUAAAGCAAAUAACUCAUAUAGCAGGUGUUAAUUCAAUCCAGGGUGAAUUUAAUUUACCAGGUGUAUUUAUAAGCCUUAAUAUAAUAUACAUAAGCAAUGAGAGUUUAAUAGAACAUUUGAGCCUUAAUUUUAUCAAAAUAAAAAGAAGAAAGAAAGAAAAAGGGAAAUAAAACUAACUUCAUACCAGCAGAAUUGUUCAUUUUCACCAAAUACUGUCGGUUUAGAAAAGCUUAUGUUCUCAGAGCACUGUCCUUAUGGCCCCUGGAACAUACUGAAAAGCAUUUUUAGGAAAUGAGUAAUUUUGAAGUGCCUUUUCAUAACUGUUGGUAAUGGCAAAAAAGGAAACUCUUUCAUUUGUUGAUAAAAUAUUGGUGAGGAUGGUGCUGCUGUUAAAACCGAACACACUAGUGAUCCAAGGCCAGAAACGCUUCACUGGUGGUCUUCUCAGGUCCAAACAGAGAUGUGUCUCUGGGACUGUCUCCAGGGAUUGCUCAGGAACUCCACAGGACAAGGACAAACCACUGCUGACUCCAAGGUGGAGCCGAGUACAGUGACCCCAUUUACUAAAUCCCAAAUUGGGUCACAGUUGUUUGUUUUUUUUUCUAUGACGUUUUCAAUGUGAAAGGAGAGCUGGGAGCUGGAGUUGGUGCACUGACGUGGAAUUCCUGGGAUGUUUUGAUGGUUCAUGUGGGAACCAAAGAGAAGAUUUUAAAUGGCGAUCUGUUGUCAUAAAGUAUUUGACUGUUUUCCUUUAACAGGAUUCUUGGGAGAUUCAGUCUGUUGUUGACGAGAGGCAGACUGUAGAAGUCUUUGUUGGAUGUCUGGCCUCUCUCAUUUCUGCGUGUGUUUCAAUGUGUCAUUGGACAAAAGGUGCUUUGCCACAGUUGGCUUUGACGGGAGACCUAACUUUCCUCAAUCGAAGUUCACCCAUGAACCACUCUUGUCUGAGAUGCUUCUGUGCACACCAAUCUGGCCAGCUGACAAGCCAGAAAUUACAAGUGUGAUUGGAUUUCCUGAGUCAGCCAGCGUUUUGGGUGGUAUUAAAAUGCAGCCUUUCCAUGGUAUACCAAGUUCUGAAGGUUGGAGGUCUUUUUUCUUUUCCUUUCUUCUUUUCUUUUCUUUUUUUUUAAGAAUCAGGUCUUCUAGUGCCUGGAUUCUGUUAUUAGGAAAUAUGUACAGGCAUCUUUCCAUCUGUCUAUCUAUCUAUGAAAACUGUGCCACUUAUGGCUAUUUAUCUAUUUUUAUUUAUUUGUAUAUUUAGUGGAAAUUGCUAAUAUGGUUUCCUCAUAAUUCUAGUUCUCCUGUGUUAUAAUUUGGAGAAGACUUGUUAGCACUAAGGUAUUAGUAUAUAAGCUAUUUAUCAUUCAAAUAACCCAGAUGUUUGGGGCAGUGGGUUGUAUAGUAUUAAAGGUUUAUGCAGAUUGUCAACAUUAAUGUUUUCAGCAAACAGGCAUUUAGAGAUAAGACUACAGAUGCUCAGGAAUGUUAACUCACUUUAAGAAAGAGAUAUAGAACUUGUUUUUAUUCUAGAAUAUGUAGAAAUAGUCAAGUCCAGUCUUUUCUGUCAGUUAUAUACAAGUGCAUUAUUUGGGGCUUGCAUACAUUUAACAGAUGAUGCUCAAAUGUGCAGUGUCUGGGUUGCUACUGUACAAAAGAAUUAAUUGCCACUUAGUUUAAUUUGUUCUCUUUCCAUCUAAAAGAAAGAUUCUCCCAAAAGGGCCAAGAAAGAAGGUGGUUCUUUGCCCUAGUAUUCUGUUAAUAGAUGAGAGAAGAAUUUGUUCACUUCCUUUCCCAAAGACUAUGUUCUCUGGUUUAAGACUGAGUCUCACCUGGCCAAGUUAAAACAUUAACCUCAUACCAGCCUUCUACUUAUCCUGGCUUUCAGUUUUACUAGUACAUAAAAGUCAUCUCAAUGAUCAUUUCCAGAGAGACACAAAUAUUGUGGCUGUUGAGCUAUUUUAAAUGAUUUCAUUCCUCAUUCACAACAGAGAAUGUUCUAAGACCCUCAAAAUGUAAAAUAUUGUACAUUUUGAAGACAGUUUCUUUGUAUGCAAUGUGAGUAGGAUUACGAUGAAAACAGAGCCUUCACUGUCCCAUAAAAGAACACUUGUGGUCAAGGCUGAACAAUUUAGGACUCUGAACAAGACAAGAAGCCCCAUCCAGUCUCAGGACGUAUUUCAUAGUCGGUCUCACACAGCUUCUAAGUUAAACCAAAGGGCUCAUGAUAGUUAUAAGCUCAGAAUUUUACACAGGUUGGACCAAGGGGACAGUUGUGAAGCUUGCUGUCCCAAACCAUUCAUUUAUUUGUUUAAUAAACAUUCUCCGAAUACCCGUGGGGUUCUGCAACCCUGUGUUAGGUGCUGGGCUACAGAAAGAAUAGUAUUCCUCCACCCACAAAUAAGUACAAAGAUAAAAAAGGAUCACUGCCAAAGAAAUACAAAGAACUAUUUUUAUUAUAAGCAUCAACCUAUUCUGCUCACGUUUGUUUCACACAUAAAGACUUAGAGCCCCAAGUAUUGUAGUGCCUCUUUGGCAAUAAAAGCAUGAAUAAGUUCGUGUUUCUAAAACUGUGAAAAAUAACAUCAGGUUGUACUGUUUCAUUUAAACCUUGACGUUGGCAGCGUCAGGCUGCUUGGACUCAAUCAAUGCUGAGAUGCAGCAUGUUAAUUGCAGCUGAGAAAGGAAGUGGCAGGUGUUUCCAGCUCUGAUGAGCUGCAAUGAAAUUGAUGUUUUCUGCAUUCUGGAGGCAAUUGACAAUUCAGCAAUGUCUGUCUUCCCAGGAAGCAGAUUUACAGGUUUUUCCUUCCAAACUGAAAAUGGCAGCGUGUCCCACCCAGGUGGCUGAUCAGAGAAGUCCCUCAGCAGGCAGAGGUGGCAGGGGGCAGUGGGGCUGCCACAAGAAUGGUGAGGGGCAGUCAUCGGAUGUGGUGAGCUCAAAUGUGGGAGUUUAUUGUAACAAGAAAGUUCACGUAAGGGGAGCGUGCGCUAUUUCACCGACUGUUUAUCUUCUAACCUCACCGCUGAGUAGCUUGUAAAAGAUUAAUUUGCUCCAACAAUUGGGAACUAUUCAUGUGGAUUGAAAUGUGUUACAUGUGCACUGCUAUAAAUACUGAAAUGAACCAAAAAUAAAUGCUUUUGUGUCUAAGGCAUCAAAA